AUGCCUGAAGUCCAACAUUCCUAUCAUCCUCCUGAAGAAUAUUGUAGCUUCGAGAUUGUUGUUUUAUUUAAUGCCUAUCCUUUGGAGGAGUCGUUGAGUAUAGAAAAGAAAAAGGGUACGAAAACGAAGAUUCAACAGGCAAUUCAAAGGUUGAAACAAGAAAACAGCCUUAAAUUAGGUACAAAAUUUAAGCCUUUACCAACCUAUCGGAGGGGGUUUUCUUUAUUGGUUCAGACAAUGAAACCAUUCACCGAUUUGACAAACGAUGCUAUGAAUGAAGUUUUAAUAUCUGGAAUUAAUAUAUUGAUAGCCAGCUUGAAACAAAUUGGCAAAUUCCAUUUUUAUCAUUCGCAAUCCCCAGCUCCGCAAGGAACAGAUGUGAUUGAGCAAGAGGAGAUUGCAGACCCUCAGCUAAGCGGGGAGGUAUUGCCGACUAAACAAAGAAAUGAAAGUCUGUGUUCUCUUCCUUUUUCAUCGAAUGAUACUUUUUUUCCAAUAAUGUCUUCAUCACCUGAAGAACUAACAAAUUACUGUUCACCUCCCGAAGAAGUUGCAGCUAUUAAGCGAUAUGACGAAUUGCUUGAAGAAAACCAAGAAUUACGUAAAGAAAACAAAAUGAUGGUUCAAAUGAUACUCCAAAGAAACAAAGAGUUGCAAAAAGAAAAAGAUGCCUUGAUGGGGGAGCUUUGUGAUUCACGUAUUCAAAUUGCCCAUUUAGAAAUGCAACUGGACAUGAUGCAAGCUCAAAGAGACAAUAUGAAAGAUCAAAGAGACUCUUUAAUGGACAUGCUUAAAAAUCAAUGA